UAUUGCACCAAUUCAGUAGUGCAGUUAAAAAGAACAGACCACUUGUUGCACUAGUUCAGCAAUGCAGAUAAAACGAACGGGCCUAAUAUUUCAUGAUUUUAUACUACGUAUACAAUAUCUUUCGAUUUAAAAAAUGGAAAUUGCUAUUGUUUAUUGGUAUUUUUUGUACCUUUUUCUUAAUAACAAAUAUAAUUAUACAGAAUCUACGUCCUUCUAUAAUACAAUUGGUGGAAAUACAUAAAUGUCCAGUGUGUUAUGGAGUUUCUGCAUGCCAUGAUAUUCACAAAGUGAAUCUGUUAUGGCAUGAUAUUAAUGAUGACUCUAGUCGCUUAAGACUUUGUCCAACAAUACAACAUAUAGACAAUCUACUUUAUAGUAUACAUUUAAAUUAUAAAUAUGUUGAUUCUAUGGAAUAUUUGAUUAAUCUUUGGACAUUGGUUUCUAUAAAUCCAGAACCAUUAAUUCUUCAGAUAUUACCAGCUGAAAAUGGUUGGCCUGUACCAAAAUAUUUUGGAGCAUGCGGUCGGAUUAUUAUAGAAGAAUAUGUUGGAUUACCUCUUGUAGAUUACUAUAAUAAACCUUGGAUACAAAGGGCAAAAAUAGCUUCAAGUCUUUUAAAUGCUGCUUAUAUGUUCACAUUUAAAAAUGAAAAUUUUAGUUUUUACUUAACAGAUGUAUCAGCAGAUAAUAUUGCCGUUGAUCACAAAAAUGUAGCAAAGUUUAUUGAUUUAGAGAAUGUCAUUGUUGUUGACAAAAAUGUCUCUCCAGAAGAAAAAUCAAACGAAUGGUAUGCAUUGCAAGAGAAUAAGAUGCACCUUGUUUGUGCUGAUUGUUUUGCAUUCUCUCCUAAGAAUAUUUGUAAUCAUCAUUUAAGUGAUCACAAUUAUUACGCAAUUUGUCAGCUCCUAUUAGGCUUAGGAAGUGAAAACCCAUUUCCUAAUGGAUUUCUUCAUGAUACACCUAUUGAUAUUCAACAGCAGUCUGUAAAUAUCGAAUAUCUGUUACAACAGUGUGCUAUUCCUAACUCAAAUAAUUCUAGAAUAAUUAUCGGUCAGCAACUCAAGGCAUCUUUGGAUAUGUUAUUAAAAAAAUUAUUUUGA